AUGCCCCAGAAACUCACGGGCGCAGGGAGAUACCAAUCCCGACUACAGCCAAACCUUUGUAUUCGUAAACGACUAUAGCGCCGUAAAAGAGCAACAGCCAGACUACGAGGCAGAGCCCUCGAGCGAUGAUCUCUCCUCGUUAUUGCUUCGAGCCGAGGGUGUCAAGGGCAAGUGUUUCGUCCUCACCUUCUCGCCGAAGCAUCACCUCACGCUUGCCGACAUGCCCGCCGAGGAAAUUCUUCCGAUCAUCGAGACGUGGACAAGGAUCUAUGCAGCCUACCUUUCACCGACCAACCUCCUCUCGCCGGUCGCCGCAAAGCUCAACCUCCUUAGCCGUGAAGCUCCCCCCGAGUCUCUAGUUCCCCCACCGACACAGCAGCUGCGGUAUAUGCAGAUUUUCGAAAAUAAAGGCGCUGCGAUGGGGUGCUCAAACCCCCAUCCGCACUGCCAGAUUUGGACCACCAACGCCCUGCCAGAGGAGCCAGCCUCCGAAGCCGCUCAGCUGGCAAAAUACCGAGCCGAGCACGGAGGACGUCAUCUGCUAGGGGAUUAUGUUAAGCUAGAGGUGGAGAAAAAUGAGCGCAUCGUGUACCAGAACGAGUCUUUCCUAGUGGUCUGCCCAUGGUGGGCGGUUUGGCCCUUCGAGGUCAUGAUCAUCGCCAAGCGGCACGUACGAGCGUUGGUGGACCUGUCAGAACAGGAGAGGUUCGGGUUGGCCCAGGCGAUGCAAGAAGUGACAAGAAGAUAUGACAACUUGUUCGAGACCAGCUUCCCGUACAGCUCUGGAAUCCACCAAGCCCCGCUCGACGGGACUGAGAAAGAGGUCGAGAAUAGCUGGUUUCAUAUGCACUUCUAUCCGCCCCUGCUUCGAUCGGCCACGGUGCGCAAGUUCUUGGUCGGAUACGAAUUGAUGGCGGAGCCGCAGCGAGACAUUACCCCGGAGCAGGCCGCAGCGAAGCUGAGGAGUUGUGGUGGGGAGCUCUAUCGCAGGACGCUGCAAUAGCUGGCGGAUGGCACUCGCAGAUUUUACAGCAGGGCCGGUUAGAGGAUGAUGGUAUACGUACAUACGCUUGAGAGGUAUUUAGUACGCACAAGUUCAUAGCGGUACGUAGGUAGGUUACUAUGCCAUGGCCGUCAAUGCUAC